AUGGAUCCCGUUUUCAUUAGGAAUAGCGACUAUUCUAAGUAUGGUACCUCCGUGUACCAACAACUGUACGGCGAAGCUUACAAUGCCGGUGCAGCUGCGACAGCAGCUGCUGGGGAACUGUCUAGAAAUUCGUCGCUACAUCCGGAUCAAGAACUGGAUAACGAUAACGUUACUAUCGUCUCUGCUACAUCAAAAAUUAGACAAAAGUAUAAGUCGUUGAUUGUCUCGUCGAAGAAGUUUAAAAGCAAUUAUAGGCAGAAAAGAAGCUCUGCUCAUCCAAAGAAAACAACUGGCAACAACAACAACGUGAUUGUGAGGAGAAGUAAGCCGUCGGAAACUUACAAAAAUAUUCACGAUUUGCCGCAGGAGGUUCUAAUACAUAUCCUUACCUUCUUGUACGAUCACCCACAUGGGUCGUCUCCAUCGUUCAAUGAAACACUAUAUUUUUGUCUUUAUGUCGACAAAACUUUUUAUAAAGCCGCUAAACAGCUGCUAUAUUAUAACCCACAUCUAACGUCUUCUUAUCGAGUGGGCCAAUUAGUUACAUCCUUGAGAUUGUACCCGGAGAAUGGUAAACUCAUUAAGAUACUGAAUUUGUCAAAGUUAAAAAAUGGACUGGUAAGUGCUACUAUUACUACAGAUGAUGCAGCUGCAGUUGAUACAGAACAACCAGUAGCUGAUGCUGAGGAACCCCAAUUGCAAAAUGUGGAGUCACAGGAAUUAAACACGUCAGAUGGAACGACCUUUGUACAAGUUCAAAAAGAAGAUAAUACAAUUGAUAUAGUUUUGGCGACCUGGAGAGACUGGAAACAUAGGAAUGAUCCAUUGUAUGGUUUAGCUACCAUGAACUCUUCACCUUUGAAGAAAAUCAACUCGACUGCCUCACUACCACCUUCAUCCCUUACAACAACACACACCAACUCUGCCCCGCACAAUUCAACUAUGACUCAAUCCACAUCUUCAACUACCUUCCAAAGACUACGCUCAAAUAGUUCUACAAGUUCUAUCUCAAAUAGUAUUAUAUCCUCAUUCACUAGUUCUUUGACCCCAAUGACAUCUAUAUUAACAAGUACCUCCACAGGAUCCCCAAAUAAUGGCUUACCAUCAAGCAUAAAUGCCAGUCAAAAAGAUCCGUAUCCGAAAGCAGGUAGCAUAAUAAAUAAGAAACAAUGGUUAAAAUAUAAGUUAAAAUUUAAGAACAAUGACACUCCUGACAUUAAGAAACCUGCCGUUAAAAUGGCAUCAGUAACUGAGAACGUCGCUGAGAUCGCUUCAACUGCGGAUGUGUCUGAAAAAAGUACAGGGAACUCCAACAUUACAUCCAAUAAUGUCACAUUUGCUCAAGAUGAAUCACUAUUGAAAAAUAUUAUACAAAGACAUCAUCCUCGUGCCAAUAAAUUUCUGGCUAAAUAUGCGUCUUACCAUGAUUUACCAUCAGGCUACAUAUUGCAUCUAUUAAAUUUAUGUCCAAAUGUAACUUCGAUAGAUUUCUCGAAUUUGGUGGUCUCGAAUGAUUUCUACAUUAAACAUGUUAACAAAAACUCGCUUAUCAAUAAAGCUCAUAACCCUAGUAUGUCAAAAUUCGGUCAUUUGACAAAUCCCAUGUGCAAUGUUGGAAAUAAAAAUAACCUGCAUCAAGAUUCAUUCAUUCCAGUUAGAUCAGAGUACAAUUUGGAGACAGUAUUUCUUACUGAUUCUUCAAAGAGUUACGAAUAUUUUGGAAACAAUUUAGAAAAGCAAAACUCCCAACACACGAAAAGCUACCAUAGCCCUAAUCAUCUGACCUCGAACUAUCCCCUGCCAAUUGAUAGCUCUACUAAGUACAGAGAAGAAUAUAGAAAAAAUGUGAACAGCAUUAGUAGUAACUACAAGCUAGAAAAAAUAAAGUCUGAUGAGAUAUUCCAAGAAAUAAUAAAAAUAGAAUCUAGAUCACAAAUUUUAGAGACCAUUAAGAUGAAUAACAUUACAUGGUGCAGAGAAUAUAUGGUCAAGAAUUUUGUCCUGUCAUUAUUUUUAAAAAAUGAAGAUAAAGAAAUUGAUUUAAGUUUUACUAAAUCAGGCUUAAAUAGACGUGUUCCUUGGGCAACCACAGGUAAUUUACGUGAUUUGGUUGCAUUGUUAAUUUUAGAUGAACUUAAUCAAAAUGAUGACCUAGCUGUUGAAGAUUUGUUUAAUAUUAAAAAGAAGACGCAAGCUCAGCGACUCAAAUAUAAAAAAGCUGACGUUUUGGAGGAUUUAGUUAUUAAUAGUACAGGACUGUUUAGGAUUAACUUUGGUCCUGGACAGUAUGCAAAUGAAAAAUUUAUUGAUUGCAAACUUACAAUUUUAAAAUCAGAAAACUCUACAGAUAUAUCUAUUAAAAAUGUCGUUGAUGAAGCAAUCGGUAAACCUUACACAUCUUUAAUUGUUUCAUUUUAUGCCAAAGACAAUAUAUCUUUGGUUGGAGGUUCUUCAACACAAGAAUUUAAAAAUAAACCAUGCAAGAAAGCAGAUAGAAUUACUCGUGAAUUGCUUUCAAGAAUUCGUGAAUUAUGCGGCGAAGAGUUGAGGAGAAGCAUGGGUGAAAAUAAUUACUUACUAUUAAAUUAA